CUAUUUUAUUCUGCUUUUCAAAAACACGGUGGAUUUAAUUUAAAACAUGGCACACAGUGGCUGUUAUCGAUGUAGGAAUGAAGAUCAGGCUAGCCUGCAGACGGACAGCAGUUCUGAGCCCACGACCCCUGAAGAAUUGGAGCUGGAAAACAACGAACUCCGACAGUUGGUGGAUGAUCUCCGACGGACCAUCGAGUGCUCCAAACCUGGCAGGAGAUCCAGGCAAUCGGUCUUGCAAGCUAACUGUGACAUGUUAGCAAGUGAGAACGAUGCACUUCAAGCGCAAAUCAUGUGUUUUCGUGUAGAGCUGGAAAGAACACAGCUCAGACAUGAGGACAUGAGAGCUGAGGUGCGAUGCCUGGAAGAAGCUCGACUGGCUCUGAAAAAAAGACUCCUGAGGCUUCGGAUGAACUUGAAAAGGGCAUAUCUGUGCAUUCAAAGGCGAUCCGAAGACCUGCAGAGUCUUUCAGAGGAGUUGGGCGAUAUCCAGAGCCAGUACAACAGUGACUGCGAGGAGAUCAAGUACCUUAGACAGCAAAACAAGACUUUACUGUCUGAAAGUGCUGGGCUAAGGGAAAGAUUGGCUCGACAGCCGACUGAGGAGCACCAGGAGAUCCAGGGACCAGAUUCAGCUCUCGGAAAAGUCUGUAAAAAGCUUCUCGCAGAGAGAAAAUGGCUUCCAGGUCUGAGAAGGAUCUUUUCUGCCCCAUCUGCCACGAAAUCUUCACGGAUCCUGUGGUUCUGUCGUGCAGCCACAGCUUCUGUCAAGCCUGCGUUCAGACCUGGUGGAGGGAAAAGCAAAUAAACGAGUGUCCGGUUUGCAAGGAAAGGCCUCUGAGCAACCCGCCCAUCAGCUUGGCUUUGAGGAAUCUGUGUUUAGCGGAAAAAACGAAGCUGUCAGCAGGAGCGGAGCCGGGUCUGUGCAGCCAGCACAACGAGAAGCUAAAGCUGUUCUGCCUGGACCACCAGCAGUCCGUCUGCGUCGUCUGCAGGGACUCCAAAGCUCACAGCAACCACAGGUUUAGACCCAUCGACGAGGCGGCGGAGGAGCGCAGGGAGGAGGUCCGGGAGUCCCUCACGGCUCUGCGGGAAAAGCUGAAGCUCUUCGAAGAGGCGAAGUUGAGCUGCGACCAAAACGCCAAACACAUCAAGAGCCAGAACAGAAACACAGAGAAGCAGAUCCGGGAUCAGAUCAGGAAGUUUCACCAGCUUCUGCAGGAGGAAGAGGAGGCCCGCAUCGCCGCGCUGAGGGAGGAAGAGCGGCAGAAAAGCAAAGCGAUGAGGGAGGAAUCCGAAGCUCUCGGCAGGAUUAUCUCAGAUCUCUCCAACACCAUCAGAGAGACGGAGAAGCAGCUGAAGGCUGAGAGCGUUUCCUUCCUGCACUCCUACAAAGCUGCCUUAAAAACAGCCGAACAGCGCCGCCUGCAGGAGGAACCGGCACCGUCCGCCAGCGCCCUGCUGGACGUGGCCAAACAUCUGGGCAACCUGAGCUUCAACAUCUGGACCCAGAUGAAGGCGGCUGUCUGCUUCUCCGCCGUGGUUCUGGACCCAAACACGGCUCACCCCGAGCUGAACCCGGCCGACGACCUGAGCGCCGCGACGCACGGAGAGCGGCUCAAGCUGCCGGACAACCCGGAGCGGUUCGGCUGGUGCCGCGCCGUGCUCGGCUCGGACGGGUUCACUUCCGGGUCGCACAGCUGGGAGGUCGAGGUCGGAGACGGCGGCGGCUGGGAGGUGGGCGUGGUGGAGGAGUCCGCAGACAGGAAGGGGUCCAUCGGGUCGGGGUCGUGGAGGAUCGGUUCGGACGGCGCCUUUCUGGCCUUCUUCCCUCCAGGGAGAAGUUCGGUUCUGUCCGUCAAGCCGCCCCGGAGGAUCCGAGUCCAACUGGACUGGGAGAGGGGGAAGCUGUCGUUCUCCGAUGCCGAUACUGACGGCCACGUCCACAGCUUCAGCCACUGCUUUACUGAGAAACUGUUUCCUUUUUUCAGCAUCAAGAAGGACAAAACAAUGAAAAUAUUAACAAAACCAGUUUCUGCCUCUGUGGGCCAAUGAUGGGAGGAGAUCCAGUGAUGGGAGGAGAUUCAGUGANGGGAGGAGAUCCAGUGAUGGGAGGAGAUCCAGUGAUGGGAGGAGAUUCAGUGAUGGGAGGAGAUUCAGUGAUGGGAGGAAAC